AUGCAUGCUCUCAUUCGGUCGACGAGGAGCCUCGGCCGAAACCUCCCCUUACGCACUCGACGAUGUCUUAGUGAUCGAGGUUACAGCUCAUUGAGAAUUCGGCCCCUGGCGGUACCAUCAACUGCUUUAGGCCGUUUCUACCAAACAAAUAUACCACAAAACACGAGUGCUCAGUCACGGUUCAUCACAUCGACAUCAGAUGUCAUUUUCAAGGAAGACACCAUCUAUGCCUUGUCAACAGCACAAGGCCGGGCCGGCAUCGCCGUAAUACGCAUUUCUGGUCCCGGAUGUAUAGACGUCUACAAAGGCCUAUGCCCGAACAAGGCAUCGCCAAAACCUCGAUAUGCAUCAGUCAGAACCCUCGUAGACGGCCAAGCCAGCGAGGAGGCAACAAUCUUGGAUUCAAACGCCUUGGUGCUGUACUUCCCUGGACCUAAGACAGUAACCGGAGAAGACGUCCUAGAACUACACGUCCACGGCGGCACAGCGACAGUCAAGGCAGUCCUCGCCGCGAUCCCGCGAUGCGCCUCCGCCUCCGAAAGUAGCAGCAGCAGUAUCGUUCGCUACGCCGAACCAGGCGAGUUCACCAAACGAGCCUUCCUCAACGACAGACUCGACCUCGCACAGGUGGAGUCCCUGGGCGACACUCUCUCCGCCGACACGGAGCAACAGCGCCGGGCUGCCGUGCGCGGCAGCUCGGGCAGCCUAGGCCGGACCUACGAAGCCUGGCGCGAGCAGCUUCUCUUGGCCAGGGGCGAAAUCGAGGCCCUCAUCGACUUCUCCGAGGACCAGCACUUUGACGAGUCCCCCGCGGAGCUGAUGAGCAACGUCAGCGCGCUCGUCGCCGACAUGCGGCACCGUAUCGGUGUCCACGAGCGCGCGGGCCAGCGAAGUGAGCUCCUCCGAAACGGCAUUCGCAUCGCGCUGCUUGGUCCUCCCAACGUCGGCAAGAGCUCGCUGAUGAAUCUCGUUGUUGGCAGGGAGGCAUCCAUUGUCUCGAUGGAGGCUGGCACGACGCGGGAUGUUGUCGAGGUCAGUCUCGAUAUUCGGGGGUACCUCUGCUCGUUCGCAGAUACGGCUGGCAUCAGGACGAGGCUUGCUGCCGGCGGCGGUGGUGGUGUCAACUCCUCUGAACCUGCGUUGGGGCUGGUCGAAGAGGAGGGUAUCCGGCGCGCGAAGCAAAAGGCCUCGGAAUCCGACAUCAUCAUCGUCUUAGCGGCCGUCGAGCCCAGCCCCGGCCCCCAGGGCGGCUUCCGCAUCAACUACGACGCGGAGACGCUACAACUGGCGUCCGAAGCGCAGGCCUGCUUAAUCGUGGUCAAUAAGCGCGACGCCGUCGACGCCGCCACCUUCUCCAGCCUCCUUGAGGGCUUCAGAAACGAAACAGCCUCUCGGAUACCAAAUCUCCGCACAGUGGAGAUCAUUGCGAUCUCCUGCCGCGAGGCUGAAGCACAAGCCAAGUCUCCCUCCGCCAGUGGCAGCGCCGGUCAGAAAGACCCGGGCGCGAUCCACGGGCUCAUCGACCGCCUGGUCGAGUCGUUCGCCGGUAUGACGGCCCUCCCCGUGGACCAGCAAGACCUGCUGGGCGUGACGGCCAGGCAGGCGCAGCUGCUCGAGCAGUGUCGCGGGUUCCUGGACGAAUUCAUGGCCGUCGCGCACUCCGAAGAAGGAGGAGGAACAGGAGACGGCGAGGACCCUGAUAUCGUCCUGGCGGCGGAACACCUGCGUUAUGCGGCAGAUAGGCUGGCCAAGAUUACGGGGCGCGUCGAGGCCGGGGAUGUAGAAGAGGUUCUCGGGGUGAUUUUUGAAAAGUAA